GGUCUUGUGUGGAGAAUGUGAACCAGGGCUCAGUCUUGUGUUAGGUACUUCAAGAUGUGAACUCUGUUCAAACUCUUACCUUCUCCUGCUACUCCCAUUUGCCCUGGCAGGCAUAGUACUAGUUGUAUUCAUUCUCCUUUUCAGCAUUACCAUAGCAACAGGCACUAUCCAUGGGCUGAUCUUCUACACUAAUAUAUUAGCUGCAAAUCAGUCGAUUUUCAUACCUUUUCAUAACCCUUUGACAGUUUUCAUAUCGUGGGUGAAUCUUGACUUGGGUAUUGAGACAUGCUUUUAUGAUGGAAUGAACUCUCAUGCAAAAGUGCUCCUUCAGAUUGUCUUUCCUGCUUACCUGUUUCUUUUGAUGUUCUUAAUAAUCAUUUUGAGCAAGUACUUUGACUCAUUUGCAAAGCUCCUCUCCAACAGGAACCCAGUUGCUGCCCUAGGCACACUCGUCCUACUCUCUUAUUCCAAACUCUUGCAGUUUAUCAUUGCUGCACUGCAAUACAGGGUCUUGGAUUAUCUUGAUGGUGCAACCGAGGUGUUGGAUUUUCCCAACAAUUCAAGUGAUAUAGUUUGGUUGUAUGACGGCAAUGUGCAAUAUUUCACUCUCGGUCACAUCCCUCGGUUUGUUUUUGCCGCCAUAAUCCUCAUCUCUGGUAUAUUGUUCACUGUACUGCUCUUCUUUGGACAAUGGUUUCCUCGCUGUUCAAAACGGAAACUCAUGAUAUGGACUAAGAACACAUACUACAAUGGUUUCAUGGAUGCAUACCAUGCUCCAUUCACUCCCAAGCAUCGCUACUGGGUGGGACUGCUCCUAUUUUCUUUGAUCGCUCAUAAUCUAAUAACUGCUUUGGCUUUAGACACUUCUCUCCCCGUACUAUCAGCUGGAUCUAUAAGUGUUGGGCUUAAUAUUUUCAAAUUGCAGAAUUAUGCAGUGUACAAAAUACGAUUCAAUGAUUUACUGGAAACACUCUUUUUCCUCAAUCUUGCAAUUCUAGCAUAUGGCACCCUCUACAUAGGAAACAUCAAUGGGAAUCAAGACAUAAUAUCCAACAUUUCAAUGGCAGUGACUUUUAUUUUGUUUGUGGUGAUAGUUUGCUACCACUUUUACGAGUACAUACUGAAGAAAGUUCCUGUUCUGCAGAGGCAGCAAAAUGCACUCAGACUAAGAAAAAUGAUUCCACGAGUUCGCAAACUGGAACUGGAGAAGAAAAACCACAAAGAAACCUGGACAAACGUGGACAGAUAUGAUCCGUACACUAAUGGAGUCAUGGAAGAAGCUGAUCCUGAUCGUUACAUCACUCCUCCCAUCAUCCGACCAGCCACAAGGCCGGAACAGCUGAGAGAGCCUGCCCUGGACGUGCUAGCCCCUCUCACUACGGAGGACUACAGACCAGCCCCUCCCCCUCCUCAAGACAAUGCACCCAAAGUUACGCACACUGUCAUCGAUGUCGUGAAAGAGUAACAUUGUAUAAUUAUCUCCUAAUACUUAAGCUUGGUUUCGUUUUUUGAGCCCUCCUCAUUGCAUGCAUGCACACUGACUUUUGUAGACUAUAUUCAGCUAGUUUCUUUUUGCCAGCUAGAAAAUCCUUUAAUUAGUCAUUUCCUCAUGUACUCCUGUGU